CUCGACGACGAUACAAGUACCCUUCUUGACUUUCGGCUUUACCCGAAAAAGGUCGAGAAGAGGGUCGAGUCAAGAAACUUUUCAUAUUCAUCUCGAUGAUACAUCGACUCCCUGAGACUAUCAGCUAUCGUUGUUCAUACUGGCUACUGGCUAUCCCUAGAUCCGCAACGUCCUAGCUCCAACCUACUUGCCCCACUCACGCUGCUCCCGAUCUAUAAACCAACCCGAAUUAAAGGACGAACGGACAGGGAAAAUGUCCUGGCUCUUAUCUCCCACUUUGGAAUCUCUCUUUUCCCGUUCCUCCUCCUCAUCUUCUUCUUCAGUACCUACCCUCCUCUCGCCCGAACGCUCACGCUCAGUUGAAUCGGAAGGAGAUGCGCCGUUGACCCCGUUUGAACGGGAGUAUGGGGUACCGGACUUGCCAGGCGGGUGGCCUGGAUUCGAUCUCAAGGUCAAAGAUCUCACCGCGAAAUCCCUUAUGGAUACGGCAAACGGAGUCGAGGUGGGGGAAGUGGACGAAGUGGAUGCACAGGAAAGGUCUUCAGAUCCACAGAGGGAAAGUCUCAGGGACAGGGAUAUCAGGGUAACACGGCUCGUCAUUCAUCCGAUCAAGAGUUGUCGCGGGAUCUCCGUGCGAUCGAGUAUACUCACGCCGCAAGGUCUCCAGUAUGACCGGCAAUGGGCCAUCAGGAAUCGAGCGACUGGGCAGUUGGUCACCGCGAGGGAACAGCCUAGGAUGGUCUUGAUCCGCUGUUCGAUCGACGAAAAGAGCAACGAGCUGCGAGUCUCGUUCCCCGUAGAUUCUGGGCUGGAGGGUUUUGUUGUUGGUCUUCGGACGGAGUUGGAGGAGAUGGGUUCUUGGGAAAGGAUACCUUCCAGUAUCAUGCACGGCCAUACACUCCCCCCCGCUUUCCUUCCGCCCGCUCUUCAUUCCCCUGCGGUGUCCCCCUCGGAACAGAUCUCCCGGUUCUUGGGGAUCGACGUUCAGCUGGUCCAGGUCUCGCCUUUCAAGUCGGACGAGCGCGUGUGCGACCCCCCGCCCGGUGAGGGUGAAAAGGCAGAGUGGGAGGAACAGGCGCAGGUAAACAGGGGCAAGAAUGAGGUGGUCACGGGGUUUGCGGAUGGGUAUCCGUUGUUGAUCGCCAACGAGGCCUCGUAUCGAGCGGUAACAGCGUCGAUCCGGGAUUCGGCAUCCGACGACCCCCCUUCUGGGUUGUCCAACCUCGGUCCGACGUUUGAUAAAGCUCGAUGGCGAGAACGGUCGUUUGAUUACCACAGGUUUCGAGCGAACAUCAUCGUCGGGAGCGGGCAGGAUCUGCCUCUGGAGAUGCAGGAUUCGCCCGCGGAGAACAAGAACACUCCGACCGAACCCAAGUCGUCCAAGGGCAACGCCCCACCAUCGGCCUGGGAGGAAGAUACGUGGCGCAAACUCGAAUUCUCAUCCAGCUCCGGUAGCUCGGCCCGCAAAGGUACCCUGAUCUGCACUUCCCGUUGCGGACGAUGUCAACUCCCGAACGUCUGCCCAGACACGGCCGAACCGGACAAGGUCGUCCCGUUCAAGGUGAUCUCCAAGUAUCGACGAGUGGAUCCCGCCCAAAAAUAUACCCCUAUCUUUGGUGUCAACGCCAUGUCCGGCGAUCGGUCUGGUAGCCUAGAGAUUCAUGUCGGAGAUUGGGUGAGGGUGGUCACUCGGAAUUCGUGGGGGUCGUUACCUGUCUCGAGCGGGUACAAGCGCGGGGCUUGAUUUCGCCUGAAAGGAGGAUAGUAAUUUUUGGGUUGCGAUAUCAUGGCUUCUCCUUUCUAAUUUCUGAGCAUAUAUCCGUUGUACAUCGGACCACUUUGUGAUCUUUGGUCCAGACAACAAUUAUUGGAACGAGGAAUCUCCCGUAAUCUGGUCCAGCUCCGUACGCAGACCUGACGUCGCCCGAGAUGC